AUGCCCAACCAGAACAAACCUACACCCCCGCUGGACGAAAUCGCACCUCAUAUCCUUCGCCUCUGGAAGGCCCGCCAGACCGAUCGGCAGAUUAUCCAGGAAUUGCAAAAACACAUCGACACGACUCGCUACGGUAUCGGGCUUACCACACUUUUGAAAGUUCGAAAGACGAUGGGUCUUCAACGUACCCGUCAACAGCAUCACACAGUCGAAACCAUUCGUGAUGCAAUGCUCGAUUUACGUGCUACAUAUCCGAAUGCUGGUGCACGUGAAAUGGUGAGUUUACUAUACCAUGAACGGGAAAUGAGUGUUGCUAGGAGGGUUGUGACAGAGUACUUUGCUUUGUAUGAACCGGAACUUGUUCGUCAGCGCAAGGCUUGUCGCCUUCGAAGGAGACGCUUCUGGGCAGCUGGCGUGAAUGAUUUAUUCGCAGUCGAUCAGCAUGACAAGUGGCUCAGAUUCGGUCUUGGGCUGCAUACUGGCAUUGAGCCUUUCUCUGGUCGUAUAAUGUGGAUUCGGGUCUGGCAUUCCAACCGAAAUCCGCAGCUCAUUCUGAGUUACUACCUUAACACAAUCGAGGCUCUCGGUCAUAUGCCAAUGGUCACUCAAAGUGAUCCGGGGUCCGAAAACUAUGGGAUUGCAAACGCGCAUACCAUGCUGCGACAGUAUCAUGACAAAGCUUUACAUGGUACGCUCCAGCAUCGUUGGAUGCGAACGAAGAAGAAUGUUAUGCCAGAGAUCGCAUGGUCUCAACUGCGCCGGCGGUUCACACCUGGAUUCGAGAAUCUUCUUGAUCAUGGCGUCAAUUCUGGUUGGUAUGAUUCAAAUAAUACCCUUCAAGUGAUGGUUUUCCGUUGGGUUUUCAUACCGUGGCUUCAGCAGGAGCUCGAUGCAUAUCAGGAUCGUAUUAACAAUACUGCCAAGCGGCACGACCGCAACAAAAUUCUUCCUCAUGGAGUACCCAAUCUUAUCUACCAUUCAGCUGAAGAUUUUGGAGCAUUGGAUUUCAAGAUUCAAAUCGAACCCGAGGCCCUAGACUUCGUCCGAAGUCUUUACAUCAAGCCCUCUCAUUGCGUGUUUGACCUGGUCCCAGAGGGUUUCGGCAAAUGCAUCCAGCAUUGCUACAAUGAUCUCGGUCGCCCAGUUAUCACACGACAAUCAGUCUGGGACACAUAUCGGCUUCUGCUAGAUGCCCUCCAGCUCGCUGACAAGUUACCAGGCGAAAUUCAGCUGCAGGAUGAUGAAGAUGAAGAUUUUGUUCCACUUUUAGAUGACUAUCAAGACUUACCUUCUCGCGAGGAUCCCAAUGGCGCCUAUUAUAUGGGUGGUGUGGGCAGAGGACUUGGCCUUGACACUGAACACUGUCGUCAACUAGAUGUUCUCUCACACAGUGAUGAGCCGGAUAUCACAACAGGGAUUGACGAAAGCUUGGUCGGUCUUGAUCACGCUGGUUUGGUGGUUUGGGAGUUCUCGGAUUGCGAAAGUGACGAUGAAAUGGUAGAUGGAUGGUGA